AUGAUAAUGUUUUCAGGAACCAGUCUUAGCCAAGAUACGCGAUUCAGCGAUAAAGAGAAGAAGUUGAUGAAGGAGCUGAAAUUUGACAAAAUUCUUGAGCAAAAAGUUGAUAUGACAAAAGUGAAAUUGGAUGUUUUGAGACCGUGGAUAUCGAGCAAAAUUACACAGCUAUUAAAGCUUGAAGACGAUGUUGUUGAAGAGUAUGUGAUCAACCAGUUAGAGGAAUCAAAAUGCCCUAAUCCAAAAAAGAUACAGAUUUAUUUAACCGGCUUUUUGAAUGGCAAGAAUGCAAAGAUAUUUGUUGAGCAGCUAUGGGCACUACUGUUAUCAGCUCAAGAAUCAGAUACAGGAAUCCCAAAAGAAAUGAUAGAAAUGAAAAAGGAUGAAAUAUUAAAGCGCGAACAUCGAGACAGACGAAGAUCGUCAAGUCCAAGGAAAUCAUCAAGAGAUAGUCAUUCACGUGAGAAUGAUAAGGAUGAAAAGCAACAGCCAGAAAAGAAAAUUCCGCCUGAAGAAGCAAUAAAGAAAGCAAAUGAAAUAAAAGAAAGAAAUCAGAUGAAAAUUGAGGCGAAUAAGAGAGAAAAGCUUAAGGAAAAAUCAGCUAGUGUUGAAAGAAAGGCAAAGUCAAAAGAUCAUGAUGUAGAUGAUAAGCAGCGUAAAGGUCAAAAUGAUAGAUCCAGAGACAGACGAAGUGUUUCACGAGACAGAAAUAGACGAACUCGUUCAAAAGAUCGAUCACGUAGAAGCAGGUCCAGAGAUCGUAUACGACGUAACAGUCGAAAUAAUAGAAGUAGAUCCAGAAAUAGAAGUAGGUCUAGAGACAGAAAUAAUCGUAGAAGAAGUCGUUCUCGUGACAGAUAUCGUAGAUCUAAAGAGCGUAUAGAUCCGAAGAUUCAAAAUAAUAAGAAUCGACGUGAACGAAGUGUAUCCAGAGGAAAUAAACGUCGAGACCGAUCAGUAUCUGAGGAUAGACGCUCAAGAUCCAAAAGUAAUCCAAAACUGUCAAAAUUACAGUCAAAACUAUUGGAUAUGGCAAAAAAUAAGGAUAAAGAUAAGAAGAAUGGCUCAACAUCUAAAAGUAAAUCAAAAUCGCCAUCGCCAACAAAAGUACGAAGUUCAAGUAGUUCCAGCAGUUCACCAGUUGCUAUUAGUGCAAAGCGAAGCUCAAAGAAUGAUGUUGUUCCACGUAAGCAACCGGAAAUUGUUGCAAGCAAAGUGCGUCAAUAUCGCACAAAGAAAAGGUCUGAAAGUGAAUCAGAUGAUGAUAGGGCACGCGACAGGAAUCAACGACGACGAAAUUAUCGAUCCAGAUCUAAUUCGAGAAAGAGAAAUCGCUCCCCACGAUAUCGUUCACGGUCACCUAGGCAGAAAAAGCGCAGUUCUAGGUCAAGAUCGCGUCAAGAAGUACGCCGUGUUUCGCGGUCACCACGCAGAAAUAGAUCUAGAUCACCGCCGAAAGCUAAGUACAGUCCCAAGAAGACUGACCCAAUUGAACGAAAUAAUUUCAAAAAAUCUUCCAAAAAUGACUCGUAUGAUCAAGAAAGACCCAGAAUUGAAAGGAAUCGACCAGCAUUUAAGGAACCAGAACCAGAUCAAGAAAGUCGUGACCGUAAAAAGCCAAUUCAACCAGAAAAGGAUGUUCCAAAGCGAAAUGAUGUUGAAAAAGUUAAGAAAAGGGAACCUGAAGUUAAGGAAAAAGAUGUCAUUAAAGUCAAAAGUCGGCUAGAAAAUAAUGGAACUGAUCAUGAUCAAAUAGCAAAAGAGAAUAAAAAGGAUCGACGUGAACCGGCACAACUACAAGAUAAAGUAAUUGUAGACUUAAGGAAAUCCUCAUCACAAUCACGAACACCAUCGCCGUUCCUUAAACCACAUGAAAGAAAGGAUUAUGUCCCACAACUGCCUGUUAAUCGUAAAGAUAAACAACAGGAUUCAAGUGAUGAUUCAGAUGAUGACGAACAGGCACGAAAGAAAGCCAAAUAUUCGUCUGAAAAGAAAAUUGUUGAACCUGCUGCAAAGAAACUUGAAUUACGAAAAGAAGAUGUAAUGUCAAAAUCAUCAAAGGCAGAUAAACAACCUGCAAAGACAAAGGCUGAUAAUGAUCGACCAAUUAAGAAUAAAAAUGAUGAAAAUGUCUCAAACAGUGAAUCAGAAAAGUCAAAGAAACGAAAGAAGAAAUAUCAUGAUGGAUCGUCGUCCGAGGAAUCGGAAAUUGAAAAGAAAAAGAAGCGCAGCAAGAAGCAUAAGAAGCAUAGCAAAAAGAAGUCAAAGAAAAAGUCUGUAAGUGUUGAAAAGUCAUCGGAAUCAGAGGAAGAGACAUCAAAUGUGAAUGAGGAUUUAGAAAAGAAGCUUAGACAAAAAGCUCUCGUUAGUCUAAUGAGAAAGAAUAAAAAGUCGGAGUGA